CCGACAUAUUCAUCCGAGAUACCAUUCCGACACGCGUAUAUGGCAGUUUGAAAAGGAUAGGCUGAGGACCUCUCUGCUACCUUUCCAUGCCGUUGCUCAAGCGUAGUAGGGCUGGAUCUAAUGAAUUCAGUCUAUAUAAGAACUACCAUAGAGCUUCCCGAUGGAGGCUCGGACACCAAAGUUGUCCCGUUCAUUUCUGAUCAAAAAGUCAAUGUGACUGCCGCCCGUGGAGGUACAGCGUACCCCAAGAAGCCAAGCGAACUCCUGAAUCUGGGGAUCCGUUGGGAUUUCGAUGGUGAGGUGACCAUCAAUGGGGUCGUAUACAAUAAAUUUCAAGUCCAACCGAAUGCUGGAAAGGUCCCUGCACCGGUUAGUGAGUGGCGAAGGAAAAAUGGUGGUACACAUGCAGUGAUGGGUUCUAUGUUCGUCAAGAAAGAUGGCUCGGUAGACGAUGUGGAAAGUGCUUGGGACGGGUUUACCGUGGACUUUUCCAAAAGAGAGUAG